AUGCCCACGAGCCGGCUACCGCGCACGCAGAAGGCGACCGAGCGCCGGCAGAUCCAGUGCCGGAACAACCAGCGGCGGUACCGCGAAGAGGCCCGCGUCCACAUGGCCGCGCUCGAGAAGCAGGUGUACGCACUCACGCGCGAGACGGCGCGGCUCGAGGGCCGCAUGGAUACGAUGGCCAUCAUGCUGCCGCCGCCGCCGCCGACGCUGGGCGCCACAAGCGGCGUCGCGCGCUGCCGCGAGUACUGCGACGCGCUCAUGCAUGGCUACGCGCUCUCGGACCCGCCGCGCGAACGGUACCAACUGGCCAUCAUGCGGCAGCUCUUCACCUCCGACGCCACGGUCAUUGGCGCAUCGACCACCGGCGUCGAUGCCAUCAUUGCCAACUGGCGCGCGUACGCGAGCUGCUUUCCCAACAUGCGCAAGGAGUGCCAUGCGUACGACUACAUUGAAGUCGAGGACGACGUGAGCCUUGUGAAGGGCGUCGGCAUGCUCUAUUUACGCAUCACGCGGGCGACGAUCGAGCAACUCUUUCCCAGCAUCCUCUGCAACGAGCGGCUCGUGCAGCGGCUCGUGGGGCGCGAGCUGCCGUGUCCGUGUACGCAGAGCUUUUACCUUGCCGACCUCGGCGAACGUCUCAUGGUGACACGCCUGGCGACCGAGAUCGACCUCGUGACCGCGUUCUGGGCACUCCUCAGUGACGUCGACGACAUCCUGCACCUCUUGCACGACUGCCACCUGACGUCGUAUGCGCAAAUUCAGAGCCAAUCCAAGCCUAUAAAGUAGUGAAAUGUUGUGCAUUUUUGUAAAAUAAGGGUAGUCG